UACACUGUUCAGCCACUUGGAGCCGCACGCGCUUUGUUUGCAUUUUUCUCGAAACGCAGGAUCUCUACAUCCCUUAAUCAAGUGACGCUAGCCAACAAGUCAAAGUCAAAUAUUUCCUCUUUUAUACGCAUUUUCCUCUGAUUUCAAGACCGUCAGUCAGAGGUUUUUGAAAAUGGAAAAGGGAUAUGUCCCAACCGAAUCUGCCCCUCCAUACCCAGGGCCACCGAUGAACUAUCACCAUGGGCAGACAGUUAUGCACCAACCACCACAUGGGGCAUAUUAUGGAGGUCCUUCGUAUCCUUCAGCUCCAGUACUUCCUCCGUCAGAAACUGUUAUGAAUGAUCCAGCCCCUCCAUACCCAGGGCCACCAGUACAUUAUCCAGGUGUACAGUCUGCAGGACUUUCAAAUCCACAAGUGGGACAUCAAGGAGGUGUUUUCCAUGCUCCAGUGACCGUAUUAAGAGGUCCUCCAUUUACAUCACCACCAUCAAACACAGCCUGGUAUACUCCUGUAGGCGUGUUUGCUCAGGAUGUCCCUCGUGCGGCUAACUGUCCUCACUGCCACCAGGCCAUGGUCACCCAGAUAGAGCACGCGGUGGGAGCUCGGACCUGGCUCAUGUGUCUUUUUAUGUGUGCACUUGGGCUGUGGCCCUGCUGCUGUGUUCCCUUCUUUGUUGAUUCCUGUAAAGAUGUGAAGCACCGCUGCCCAUCCUGUCAAAAAAUAAUGUACUUCUGAGUGUGAGGAGAGGCGUGUUUAUUUAGGAGCGGGAACAAGGUGAUAUUAAAGCCAUCAUUACUACGUGUGUGUUAGAAAAAAACAAUAACCAGUGAAAUGAAUAGGAAAAAAAUGCAUGUUAUUAAAUGAAAGAAUCACAGGUGAGCGCUCCAACACAAUAAAUUAACUUCAUCACAAAAAAGUUACUGCACUGUUAAAAAAUGUAACUGUUCAGGUGUCAGAUUACAGAUUUGUUGAUCUGGUUUAUGACUGUUAAUGCCUCUUUAAGAACUGGGCCUUUGUGAGGCAACCAGAAUUUCUUUAUUUAAUCACUCAGAAACUGGUGCCAUUAUUCAAUCCCAAUGAUGUUUUUGAAGAAAGAACUUAUUUAAUUAAUAUGGGAAGUUUGUGGAGCAAACCCAAGUGAGUUCAACAUUUGUGUAGAUGGUAUAGUCCCCUGCCCUCCAUCUGAGAUUAUGAUAUAUUAUCCUAUAUAGACUAAAUAUUCAUGAAGCAUUAUUUUUCUUGCCUUAAUAAUACUAAUAUUUUGCAUUAUGUACUGUAUAGUAUACACUGUGUUUACUGUGCCUACAAUAUUAAAUGAUACCAGAUUUUUUUCAUGAAACUCUAUUACCCAACACCAGUAUUUGUAUCUUUAGUAGUAGUUUUAUUUGGCCAUUUUGCAGUACUACAAAAUAAAAUAAAACAAAAUAUAGACUACAACCCCAUGGAUCAUGACCGAAUGGGUUUAGGCUGCAGUAAAAUUUGCUUAUAAUGCAUAAACCUUUUAAACAAUGACAGAAUUCCAGGAAAGACAGGCAUUGUAUGAACAGCAAGUUUGCAUUUACAAUUUCACUUAUGACUUACUGUAUAUUUAAGAGACAAAAUAUAAAUUAAAAAAAAUCUAAUUUAAUGCAUAAUUCAUUAAUGCCAGAGCUAUAUAUCUUUCUAAACAUAAUGUUUGUUCAUUUGUUUAUCAAGGCUAUAACUUUUGCUAUUUUUGUUUUAAUUUAAUUAAUGUGGGGUUUCCAGCAAAGUUUGUGAUCAAGAGCUACACCAAGAAAUUGUGUGCAAGUACUCUUUCUAUGUCUCGGCCGACCUGGGAACGCCUCGGGGUCCCCCCGGAGGAGCUGGAGGAAAUGUCUGGGGUGAAGGAAGUCUGGGAGUCCCUGCUUAGACUGCUGCCCACGCAACCCGGCCGGAUAAGUGGAAGAAAAUGGAUGGAUGGACCCAUAUAAUGUACUUUGAUACUUACCUGUAAAACAUGAGGAAAGAAUGAGAUAAGGUGAUGCCCCCUAGAGUGUUCUUGUGUUUACUUGUCCUCUACAAAUGUUUGUAAGUUUAGAAAGGGGGAUAGCAAAGUGUUAAUCAUUUGUCUAAAUUAUGUUGUCUAAAAUGUUAAAAUUAUGUCUGUAUAUACUACAGUGUUUCACGUGUUCAGGUCUUCCUGUGCAUACCAAAUGUUAGCAUGAAAUUAAACCACAGAAUUCAAGUGAGAAUUCUGUGGUUUGUCACUGCCAGCACUUUAUAUUGAAACAACAUAACUGAAACAUUAUGUCUGUCAUUACACUGACAUAAUAUGAAUUUAACAAAUUAGUAUAUCCAAGGCAGACAGGAUACUUUUCAAUCAGACAAAAAUAAAUCAACAACUUUAUUAAUCCCAAAGUUGGAAGGACUAAAGAGUAUGGAUAAGUAGUGGAGGUCAACAGAAAUGAUGGCUACCCAGCCCUAAUCCUCAACCAAACUGAGUGAUAGGUGCAUACUUUUACACUAACAAAUCAAAUAUUUUUGGUUCAAGUGCACGGACAAUGUGGGUUGUAUGCAGGAAAUAAGUACUACUUUGGCUCCAUCUGCUGCAAAUACUCUGUAUUCACGCAGGUGGUAGUUCAGCAGGUGCUCUGGUAAAUCCAAACUUAGUAAAACAGGAUGUGAGAUUGGAAAUGCAGGCCAAUUGUUAACUAUCAAGUAAUUAUGUUUGGUGUGCAGUGUUGCAAUUUGUACAUAUAUUUUUAAGAGAAAAUAAAUGGCUAGUGUGUCAAGUAUA